AUGUUGCGUUCAUUUGCCCGUUUAGCAUCCCCUAUGCGCAUGCGUCAAGCUGCACUGUACUCCACAUCGAGCAUGUCUCAGGGCGAGCAACACAUUUACAACAAAUUGACCGAAGCCCUUGAACCCCACAAGCUUCGAGUUGUUGACGUCUCCGGUGGCUGUGGAUCCAUGUACGCCAUUGAUAUCGCAUCCAAGGCAUUCGAAGGCACUACUAUUGUCAAGCAGCAUCGUAUGGUGAAUCAAAUCCUCAAGGAUGAGAUCAAGGAUAUGCAUGGUCUUCAGCUCAAGACAUCCGCCAAAUAG